AUUCCCUCUGCCUCUCUCGGCGACGAUAAAAGGCUUUGCUCUGGCAAUAGAAAUUUAGAAAAAAAAAAAGAAAAAGCUGCGCUAAACUCUACUGUGACCUCAAACUCUUUGGACUGUUUAAAAAAAAAAAUUGGAAGAAAAUCAUCCUCCCAGAGAAUCGGCAUAGGAGGAGAUGGAAGUUUUCCCCUUGCUCUUGGUUUUGUCCGUCUGGUGGUCUCGAACCUGGGACUCGGCAAAUGCGGAUUCGAUCAUUCACAUCGGAGCAAUUUUUGAUGAAUCUGCCAAAAAGGAUGAUGAGGUGUUUCGCACAGCAGUCGGUGACCUUAACCAGAAUGAGGAGAUCUUACAGACUGAGAAAAUCACAUUUUCAGUGACGUUUGUUGAUGGCAACAACCCUUUUCAAGCAGUUCAAGAAGCCUGUGAACUUAUGAAUCAAGGCAUCUUGGCCCUGGUCAGCUCCAUUGGCUGUACAUCAGCAGGAUCCCUCCAGUCUUUGGCAGAUGCCAUGCAUAUCCCCCACCUCUUCAUUCAGCGCUCAACAGCUGGGACCCCAAGGAGUGGCUGUGGACUCACGCGGAGCAACAGGAAUGAUGACUACACUCUCUCAGUUCGCCCACCUGUCUACUUGAAUGACGUUAUCUUAAGAGUGGUCACAGAGUAUGCCUGGCAGAAAUUCAUUAUAUUCUAUGAUAGUGAAUAUGAUAUCCGUGGAAUACAGGAGUUCUUGGACAAAGUUUCUCAGCAGGGAAUGGAUGUUGCACUUCAGAAGGUAGAAAACAACAUCAACAAAAUGAUCACCACUCUCUUUGACACCAUGAGAAUAGAAGAACUGAAUCGUUAUCGAGACACUCUUAGGCGAGCAAUCCUUAUUAUGAAUCCUGCCACAGCCAAAUCCUUCAUUACUGAGGUUGUGGAGACUAAUUUGGUUGCUUUUGACUGUCACUGGAUCAUUAUAAAUGAGGAAAUAAACGAUGUGGAUGUACAGGAACUUGUAAGAAGGUCAAUUGGAAGGUUAACAAUUAUUCGGCAGACAUUUCCAGUUCCCCAGAAUAUAAGUCAGCGGUGUUUCCGUGGCAACCAUCGAAUAUCUUCAACAUUGUGUGAUCCAAAGGAUCCAUUUGCUCAAAAUAUGGAGAUUUCAAACCUUUACAUAUAUGACACGGUGCUUCUGCUUGCUAAUGCUUUUCAUAAGAAGCUGGAGGACCGGAAGUGGCACAGUAUGGCAAGUUUGUCAUGUAUCAGAAAGAACUCGAAGCCCUGGCAGGGUGGGCGCUCAAUGUUGGAGACCAUCAAGAAGGGUGGAGUUAGUGGGCUGACUGGAGAGCUUGAAUUUGGAGAAAAUGGAGGUAAUCCCAAUGUCCACUUUGAAAUUCUUGGAACCAACUAUGGAGAAGAGCUUGGCAGAGGUGUUCGCAAACUUGGGUGCUGGAAUCCUGUCACAGGUCUGAAUGGGUCACUGACUGACAAGAAAUUGGAGAAUAACAUGCGUGGAGUGGUUCUACGUGUGGUAACUGUUCUGGAAGAACCUUUUGUGAUGGUCUCUGAAAAUGUCUUGGGUAAGCCGAAGAAAUACCAGGGCUUCUCCAUUGACGUUUUGGAUGCCUUAUCUAACUACCUGGGUUUUAACUAUGAAAUUUAUAUAGCACCGGAUCACAAAUAUGGAAGCCCACAAGAAGAUGGGACAUGGAAUGGCUUGGUAGGAGAACUAGUCUUUAAGAGAGCCGACAUAGGGAUUUCUGCUUUAACCAUCACUCCAGAUCGUGAGAAUGUGGUGGACUUUACAACACGUUACAUGGACUACUCAGUGGGAGUACUACUUCGAAGGGCUGAAAAGACAGUGGAUAUGUUUGCCUGUCUUGCACCAUUUGAUCUCUCUCUAUGGGCUUGCAUUGCUGGCACAGUCCUUCUGGUGGGUCUACUGGUCUACCUCUUGAACUGGCUUAAUCCCCCACGAUUACAAAUGGGAUCAAUGACGUCUACUACGCUCUACAACUCCAUGUGGUUUGUGUAUGGAUCUUUUGUACAACAAGGUGGGGAGGUCCCGUAUACGACUCUGGCUACCCGAAUGAUGAUGGGGGCUUGGUGGCUAUUUGCUUUGAUUGUUAUCUCAUCUUACACGGCAAAUCUUGCUGCUUUCCUCACUAUCACACGCAUUGAAAGUUCCAUCCAGUCUCUCCAGGACCUUUCCAAGCAAACAGAAAUCCCUUACGGCACAGUCCUGGACUCUGCAGUAUAUGAGCAUGUCCGCAUGAAAGGAUUGAAUCCUUUUGAGAGGGACAGCAUGUAUUCCCAAAUGUGGCGGAUGAUCAGCCGAAGCAAUGGAUCAGAGAACAAUGUUCUGGAGUCCCAAGCGGGCAUUCAAAAGGUAAAAUAUGGAAACUAUGCUUUUGUAUGGGAUGCAGCCGUAUUGGAAUAUGUGGCUAUCAAUGACCCAGAUUGUUCCUUUUACACCAUUGGAAAUACUGUUGCUGAUCGGGGAUAUGGAAUUGCAUUACAACAUGGCAGUCCUUACCGAGAUGUUUUUUCACAAAGGAUCCUGGAGCUUCAGCAGAAUGGCGACAUGGACCUUCUGAAGCACAAAUGGUGGCCUAAGAAUGGCCAGUGUGAUCUGUACUCCUCAGUGGACACAAAGCAGAAAGGAGGUGCCCUGGACAUAAAGAGCUUUGCAGGGGUUUUUUGUAUCCUGGCUGCCGGAAUUGUCCUCUCCUGCUUCAUAGCCAUGCUGGAGACGUGGUGGAACAAGAGGAAAGGCUCCCGGGUUCCAUCAAAAGAGUUCCAAGUUCUAAUUCAAUGACAUAGUCCUGAAUGAUUUGUCACAUAAAGUAUGAUAUGCAUCAUCCCUGCAGAAUGAAACUACAAUAGCUGAAAGAAGGAAUGCUUGGCCAUUAAGACCAUGUUUGAAACUUGGCAGCAAUACCUGGAGAAGCCAGGCAUCCGGUCAUGCGCUGCAUCAAUCAUCACAAAUGGGAGGACCCCUGGAUGACCCAUAACCUCUACCAGCCCAAGAGCUGCUGAUCUGUUUCCCACCUUACUGAUUUCAGGACCCAUUAGAUCCUGUACUCAAAACUGGUGAGCUAAUAUUGCAUCUCCCAAAUUUAAAACUUCUAUCCAGUUCAAGGAAGCUGACCUCACCAGGUUGUGACACACAGAAAUUCCUUGCUGUAAUCCACUCAUAAAAGAGUAACAACAGGACUGCUGCUUUCAACCACAGGUCAUGGGUCUUGCCUGCACCAGCCCAUUAGCCUUAGAAGGAUGCUUCUAUGCAGUGGGCUUCUUGCCUAGGUGUCCUGAUCACAAGCACUCACACUGAAGUCCAAAUCUGUACCACAGUAGCUUUGUCCUCAGCUUCUAUCUGUGCACGAUUUUAAACUCUGGGUCUUGGGACUUCUCAUGGUCAAAGAUCCAGGGAGACCUGAAGGACCAAGGAGGAUGUGCCUUGGCAGAACUUAACCAGAAAAAGACAGAGGCCUCUUACAACUCUUAUUGAAUCACUGAUGAUAGUGGUUAAACAUCUUUGGAGGCUUUUAUCACAGAAUUAUCUCCAUAUUUCUAAAACAAUGUUAUUUUCAUACUUACCAAAAUGGUCUAGUUUCCUCCACACCAAGGGACAUUACCUUUAUCCCCAAUGGCCAUCAAACGUCUACAUUUUGCAUAGAUUUCUGGUUAAUAUAAAGCCUCCAGUUUGAAUCCACACUUAGUACUUGUAUCAUUGUAAACAAAGAUGACUCGGAUCACAGGAUUACACCCUGGAAUUGCAGUGCCUGUAUAUACUGCCCACCACUCAGAUAACUAUGUUUUCCUUUACCCAAUUUCACAUUCAUUUAUAAUACCUCUUCAAUGCAAAACAUAUUUUACAAGUAAAAUAGGGAAGCAUCAUAUGAAACAUCCCAGCCCCUCAUGAACUCAGUCAGUUUUUAUCGAGGACCACGAUGUGCCGAGCACUGUAUUACAUUUUGGGAAUACAAUGAUGAAUCAGUUAGAAUCCUUUUCCUAAGAAGUCUGCAUUCCGAUGGGGAAUCCAGAUGAUUAAACAGCAUGAUGAGGCUCAUCAUGGCCACAAGAAUUCCCUCAUCUUUGUUUCUUAAGCACCCAGGGAGAUCCCAGUUGCCCAAGGUGAUCUUCUAUUAUGCCAAAGCAACCCACGAGAUUAAAGCCAACAAGCAGCAAUCCAGGGGGAGCCCCUACAAGUACUGAUCCCAUGAAUUCUGGUUACUUAUGUAUUAUUUCUAAAUCAUCUGACUUUUAAACAAGUUAGAUGUUCACUUACUGAACGCCUUCCUUGUUAUGUCAUCAAACUGAUAACCCUCAAGUUGUAGCUGUUCAUGGGUAAAAAUUAGGCUGUAAAGUCAGAAGACAUGGCUUCAAGUUUGGGUCCUGGUGCUUAUCGUGACUGUGGGCAAAUCACCUAAACUUUCUGGUCUUUGGUGUCAUUCUUUGCAAAAUAAAAGUAAAAACGUUAUAUACUGUACCUACCUCACAGGGUUGUUGUGAGAAUCAAGUGAAAUGUAUGUGAAAGCACUUUGUAAACUUUGUUACUUUUAAUCACUCCAUUUCCAUGGGUUCUUUGUCCUCCCUACCAAAUACAAUACCACAAUUCACCUGAAGGAUGUACUCUUGCCCACCCUGUUCCUACCUCCCACCCCCACACAAGUGAAUGGUACAAAAAAGAUGAAGUGCAUGCCUUCCUGGAUAUCUAGUUUCAGAUGGGAAUUCUGAUACCUCACAGAAUGACAAGGAUGUAAUCCAGAGGACCAAAACUGGGGCCCUACUGCCAUAGAGACAUUCCACCAUUAACAUACCACUGGACUUGGAUACCAGCCAGUCCUCUUGAUGCACGAUUGUCCCCAGAGAACCCAUUCUUGACUCCAGAGAACUAGCCAGACUGCAGUGGUUCAGGAAAUCAUCUUGGCUCUUUCUGGCUGUCAGGGGAGUCACCAGCCAUUCCAGGAAAGAGCAUACUUCUGAAAAUAGAGCAAGAAGAUUGGUUAAAGGAGACACUGACCCCAUUAAACAAAAUGCAAGCCAUCCCUGACUGCCUGACCUGUGAUAGUUGGGCCACCAAGGGAGAUUCCUAGACACUCAUUUAAAGCAAGGAUUCGGUGACACGUUUCUUCAUUUAGCAGUUAUCCCUGAGGCCAACCUGACUCUUGCACCUCUGAUUUUUGAAUUGUUGACUCCCUGUCUGUUUAACAGACCUAUGAUAAGAUGUAUUUCUGGCUUUAAAAUCUCAUAUGUUCCCCUUACAUACACACAAACACACAAACAUUCACACAAUGAGGAAUGAAACCAUUUUUCCUAUCUUAUCUACUUGUCCAAGCCUAGCCUGGCCUUCCAUUUCUGAUUAUUUCAUAUGCAUUCUGAUUGGCUGAUCCAAUUUGAAUUGAUUCUCACUGGACCAGUCCCUAAUAUAUCCCAGGCUAAAACCCUAACUCUUUCAGUCCUGUGUGGAAGCUUAGAGUGCCCACGGAGCCAUGAUAUCGAUAUCCAGCAAUUCUUUAAACAAAGUGUGGUCUUUCAACUUAGAAUACACAUGCUUAUCCAAAACUAAGGCCAUAUUAGCAUGUAUCUCCAGGAAUAACAUAAAGUUGCUAUGAAAGUUAUCCUGAGUGAAUAAAAUGAUGACUAUGUACAAAAGAUCUGUUAGAAUUGGCAUCUGAGAAGCUUUGCAAUAAGGCCCUAAGCCUAAAGUAGAAAAUUUCAACUACAAUUCAUUCCUCAGCUUCCCAGAGCAAGGAAGGCAAAUUAUAAGAAAAACUUGAUUCAUUAUUUAUAUCAGUUUCCAAAAUAUUUUCAAAUGGAAUGGAAAAUCAUUCACAAUUUCCUUCUUGCUAUAUGUCAGAAUGCUCAACUUGAUGCACCAAUUCAGUGAACUGAGAAAUUCCCAGACUUUUUCCUUUGGCAAUAAUAUCAAAAGUUAAUUUUAAUAUCUAAAAAAGAUUAACAAUUUAAAACAGUGUCUUAUAUUAUGGCUUACAACCACCACUUGCUAUGGGAAGGGAGCCAGAGAGACUCAGAGUACCCGCCACCCAAGGUCAAAGGCACUGAGCCAAAGGACCCAGCGAAGAGCAGGCCGAAGCCAAGAAGAAAAGCUGUUGCUGAAAUGACAGACCAAGCAUUGAAACAAGAUGAUCUCCAGGUCAUGGUAGCUGAGAAAGGGGAAUAGACACAUCCAAGUUGGGAACCAAAUUAAGAUGUUAGAAUAGGUACCAGAGCGAACAAGACUGGGCAGGGGAUGGAGUCACCUCCAGCCACAUGAUGUUUGUUGUACAGUAGCCUUUCUUGUAGGUUGCAGUUCUGCAUCCUAGUUUCUUUUUCAGAAGUGAAAUCCUUGGUAUUACUGAUGUAGCUUACAUGGCCAGCCCCAAAUAGAAAACUCUUCCUUACCCACAGACAUACUUUUUACUAUCUUGGUUGAUAUAAUUUUCUUUUUCAGAGAUUUUUAAUUUUUUUCAUGAAUCUUUGAUAGAUUAUUUUAUCAAUAAAAUUUUGUUAAUAAAGAAUUUCCCUGAUUGAAUCCAAUUCUUUCUUUGGUGAUUAAAGUUGGUAAUAAAAAUAAAUUACUUUAAUUGA